UGAAUACAAUGGCUUUGAUUGUUACGAUCAUGUGCCUUUUCUCAUGCAUGACCUUAACCUGAGAAGAACAACCAAUAUCAAGGAGGUCCUGCCAAAUGCCUCCCUCCGACACCCUAGCCUAUUUGAUUGGGAUUUUCUGUCGACUCUGAAUGCGGGCAAAUGGUUUUCACAUUCACGGAUCAAACCAUUUUACCAUAUGAAACCCCUAUCAGAGGCUGAUAAAGAAAAAGCAGGAAAUCAGAAGAUUCCAAAACUAACUGAUUUAUUGGAACUUGCACAAAAGGAAAAAAAAUUGGUGAUAUUUGAUCUUAAUAGCCCUGUACCAAAACAUCCUGCCAGAAAAGAAUUUGUCCGCCUUGUAGUAAAUGUGAUCCUUGCUUCUGGAAUUGAGCAACAUCUGAUUGUUUGGUUGCCAGGUUUUGAUAGGAAGUAUGUCAGGAGCACAGCUCCUGGUUUUCAGCAUGUGGGCCGGUUAUUCACCAUUGAACGCCUUACAAAAGAAAAUAUCAGUAGAAUAAAUGUUGACUACAAGAGGUUGUUCUACAACGGGCUGAGAGAAUAUAAAGCAGCGAACAUCAACAUCAACAUAUACAUCGUCAAUGAACCUUGGCUCUUCUCACUGGCUUGGUGCUCCAGGAUUCAGUCAGUGACCACAGACAACAUUCAGGUCCUGAAUCAGAUAAAUCACCCUUACUUCUUCAUGGUGGAGAGAGAGCCAAAGUGAAAAAAUCCUCAAAGGUAUCAGCAGUUACACAGAAACUCCAAGUGUAAGCCUCCAAAAGGAAAACACAGAGAAUGAAGCAGCUUUGAACAUUAUGGAAAGCCCUGAGACUUUAACCAAGAGUGUAGGGGAACUCCCAGGCUCUCAGUCCGUCAAUCCAGAGCCAGUCCAGGAAACUACCCAACCACUGAUGCCUUGAUAACCACUGUCCACCAAGAUGGCCUUUGAACUCACCCAAGCACCCACAUCAGAAGCCAGAAGAGAGGCCAUCCUCCAAACUGCAUUGCCUACAUUGGAGACGAAUGAUUUAACGAUCCCUCAAUGAAGGUCCCCUUCCCAAAACAGAAUCCCCAAAGCCUUCCACUUUUGAAUUCUCCCAAUAAUCCUCUUUUAUGAUUUUUUUUAAACCACAUCCAGCAUGUUGCUUUCCCCCUUUGGGCUGUCUUCUAAAAAGAAUUAGACACAAUUUCUCCCCUUUUUCCUCUUUGUGCCCCAGGGUGACCUGAUGGUAGAAAGUGGUCAGGAAAGGCAUGCAGAAGAGCCAUGGAAGCCUCAGGAAAACCAUUCUGGUCUAGCCUUUUAUCUCAAGGGGAACAGCAAAGGAAAAAUAGCUGUGGUCUUGGAGUUGGAACUGGUUACACUCUGUGUCACGGGAUUUGUCUCAUCCUUACCCUUCAUGAUAUUCUCCGUUACAGGAGUGGCUGUGGUGAACAUCAGCAUGUAAAUAAAGGAGACCUCUCAGGAACCCA